AUGCCCUGCGCCGACACCACGUCCGCCUACACGGUUUCGGCGUCAGUGGCCCUUCGCCGACAUCGCUGCCGCUAUUUUGGCGACAACGUGCCGCACCGCGUCCGUCUAAACGGUUUCGGCGUCAGUGGCCGACUUCGUGCACCGACAUGUGCGACACUGUCCGCGUCCGGUGAUCCAUCAACGGUGCUCGCGAACGCCCUCGGUCGACGAAUCUUUUGCCGACGCACCGCUCGCCGACUCCGCGGCACUAGU